AUGAAAAACUACAGGUUUACCCAACUCAUUGGCCAGCUCCUGCGUUUGACCUGGGAACUGUACAAUCCGGGUCAAAGUGGGGGGUUGGGGGGCGGUGGGAGUGGUCCUGCAGAGACCAGCAACACCCAGAUCAUUAAAGAGCGAGGCCCCAGGAGAUGGGUAACAUUACCUCCAGGGUUCCUUUUAGCUCAAAUCUCAAUACAGAGCACACGCACCAAAAAAGCACAAGAAAAUGGGGAGGGGGAAGGUCAUCGCCUCCUGACAAGCAAGGGUGACAAACACUGCAGCAAGAAGAAAAGAGAGACCGAGUUGCAGGAAGACAGCAGAGAAGAAUCCGAGAGCGCGGGUUCGGGGCGGAGAGGACUGGCUCGGAAGGGCAGCGGCCGUUCCCUAAGGCAAGGAGCUUCUCAGGGAGAUGCUGGCCCUAGAUCCGGAAUGGGGACCCCAGCACCCGUCCAGGGAGUGCGGCAGGGCAAUUUGCUGAGAAUAAAUCUGAGACAAUUUAUGAACAAAAUCUUGAGCCUGUUGGCCUCUGGACUGGAAUUCCACUGUGCGCUCUCCUGUCUGCAGCUGGCUGAUUGCAGAGCUGGAAACUCCCUGGCCUCCGCCAUCGCCUGA